CGCCGGCCACAGGUCAUUCUUUCGCGUACAAAAAAACUGCGAGCCCUCUUGCUUUCGCAGUCUCGCAUGGCGACCUUCUCACUAGCUUCUCUUCCCUCCGUAGUCUCAGGUUCAUCUUAUUCUUCUGUAAGGUACUCGCCUUUCCGUGCAUUCAGAGCCUCGGCCACUGAGCCUUCAGAUCCAAUUCUUGCUAGUCGCCCUCAACACCCUCCGCGAAGAGAAUUCUUGAAAGGGAUUGGAUUGCAAGCGCUUCCCCUUCUCUUACUGAAGGAUUCAUGCCCGUCUCUCGCUAAAGAAGUUGAGGUUGGCUCCUUCCUUCCACCCUCACCUUCCGACCCGUUUGUUCUCUUUAAAGCUUCUCCAAAAGACACUCCCGCCCUUCGAGCAGGAAACGUACAGCCUUACCAAUUUAUACUUCCUCCAACUUGGAAGCAGACACGAGUAGCAAAUAUAUUAUCUGGAAAUUAUUGCCAGCCAAAAUGUGCAGAGCCCUGGAUUGAGGUUAAAUUUGAAGAUGAAAAACAGGGGAAAGUCCAGGUGGUGGCUUCUCCUUUGAUACGCCUAACGAACAAACCAAAUGCAUCCAUUGAAGACAUAGGGAGUCCAGAUAAAGUGAUUGCUUCUCUGGGCCCUUUUGUCACUGGAAACACAUUUGAUCCAGAUGAACUGCUUGAGACUGCUGUCGAAAAGCUUGGUGAUCAAACGUACUACAAAUAUGCACUUGAAACUCCAUAUGCACUCACGGGGUCACACAAUCUUGCAAAAGCAACAGCGAAGGGAAACACCGUUGUUUUGUUUGUGGCCAGUGCUAAUGAUAAGCAGUGGCCAACUUCUCAAAAGACUCUGAAGGCCAUGCUUGAUUCCUUUCAAGUUUAGUUUCUGUCGAAAGGUAAUAAAGAGAUGUUCACCAUCACUUCAUUUACUUUCCGUUUUUUUCGUUAAUUAAUUUUGUACGACAUUGCUGAGCAAGAGACAUGGGAAAAUUUUGGCCAUUUUCAGGUGGAAACCCAUAUAUUGUAUGUUAAAAUAGCCCGAUCUUCCUUCUUUGUAAAUGCAUAUUUUUAGUCAAUGACCUAUGUUCUGACUUUUAUUGUUAAUAUUAAGGCGGGGACAGCCCGAUAUCUCUAUUAAA